AAACAGAAGCUGGCAGCUGCACUAAAAAGGAAAGGGAGAGAAGAAGAAGAAGAAGAAGAAGAAGAAGAAGAAGAAGAAGAAGAAGAAGAAGAAAAGGAGGGGUGGAAGGAAGGAAGAAGGGGCGCGGCGGGGCCGCCGCGGGCGCCGACGCGCGCUACGAUCCACGUGGGAUUAUUGCCAACAACGUGUAGUGUAAAGUCUAUUGCUGAGACGCUACGCUGA